UUCAUAUAUCUCUCUCUCUCUCUCUAUCUCUUUCUCUCUCAUCAUGACUGAUCCGUACUCCAAUUACUUCAACAACAAUGGCAAUGGCAAUGCCAGCUGUUUCUACCUCAACCCCUCUUCUUACUCCUCCUCCUCCACCACCACCACCACACCAUUAUCUCACCACCAGCACCACCCCUACAACUUCAUCAACUUCUACUCCACUAAUUUCAACUUCAACACCACCGCACACCACCAGUACUACUGUUACAAUCACCACCAACCCCCGCCUUCACCGCCGCCUUCGCCGCCGCUGAGGGAGGCCCUCCCGCUCCUCAGCCUCAGCCCCUCCCAUCACAACGGUCGUCAAGAUCAACCACCGUCCUGCACUACUACCACCGCCAUGGAAGAAGAUCGAGAAGAAGAAGAAGAAGAUGACGGAAGUUUAUCAGUAACCCUAAAUUUAGGGUUAUCCACUACGCAUUGCAGCUUUACUCACGACCCGGGCCAAACUCAGCUGGUAAAUAAUAAUAAUAAUAAGGAAGAAGAAGAAGGAGAAGAAGAAGUUACGGUUGCGGCGAACAACGCAGUGUAUUGUUCGACGACGACGAGCCCAAUGAACAAAGGGCAGUAUUGGAUACCAACUCCGGCCCAGAUUCUGAUCGGCCCGACCCAGUUUUCUUGCCCGCUUUGCUUUAAGACCUUCAACAGAUACAACAACAUGCAGAUGCAUAUGUGGGGGCAUGGAUCACAGUACAGAAAAGGCCCGGAAUCACUACGUGGCACGCAGCCAACAGCAAUGCUGAGGCUUCCAUGCUACUGCUGUGCACCAGGGUGUAGGAAUAACAUCGACCACCCGAGAGCGAAGCCACUAAAAGACUUCCGAACCCUACAAACACACUACAAACGAAAGCACGGCAUAAAGCCGUUCUUGUGCAGGAAAUGCGGCAAAGCAUUCGCCGUGAGGGGCGAUUGGCGAACGCACGAGAAGAACUGCGGCAAGCUUUGGUACUGCACUUGCGGUUCGGAUUUCAAGCACAAGAGAUCGCUCAAGGAUCAUAUUAAGGCUUUCGGGAGCGGGCAUUCGGCUUACGGGAUAGAUUGCUUCGACGACGAAGAAGAACCCGCGUCCGAGAUUGAGCAGGAUAAUGAGUUUGAUCACGUUAAUCAUCGAUCAUGUAUGAAUUGAUGUUUUAAUUAAAAGAGGAGAGCGAUUUUUUUCCCCUAAGUUGUUGGUAAAGCUCUCCUUUUUUUAUAAUGAAUUAGUAAUUAAGUAGUAGUUGAUUAAUUUUCUAGGGUUGGUUGAUUAAUGUUUUGUAGUUAAUGCUUAUGAAAUGGUACUUCGUUUCUCUUAUAUGUUCUUAGUUUUUGUUUAUUCUGGUUUAAUUGAAUGAUAAUUAAUUAGCUAGGGUUUGAAUAUUUUUUAUUGCAUGUGUAUAGUUUUUUCUUCCUUAUAUUUUUUUAGAUGGCCUUAUUAUAAAUCAUGACAGU